UUUUGAGUGUACUGUCACUUUAACAACAACGAAUUCUCGCGAUAUCAACCUGGGGCCCUGACGUCACUGGAUCAUGGCUGCUUGAGGCGGAUAUUCCAAGCUCUGAUAUUGGAUUUCCAUUUGUGGAGUGUAGACCUGCAGCAGUGAUGGCCCACGUGACGAAUCAUGGAAAGCUGCUCCUGCAGCGUCUCCACCAGCAGCGGGAGAUGGACUUCCUCUGCGACAUAACCAUAGCGGUGAGGGAUGUGGAGUUCAGAGCUCAUCGCAACAUUCUGGCCGCAUUCAGCAAUUACUUUGCAUCCCAGGCUGACAACGGUCAAGAGGUCACGACCUUGGACCCCGACAAAGUCAGCCGAUACGCACUGGAGAAGCUGCUGGAGUUUGUCUACACGGGGCAGAUGAGCCUCAGCAGUAUCAGGCUGGCAGCUGUGCGCAGAGCCGCUGUGUUCCUGGGAAUGUCUGAGGCCAUGCAGUAUCUGGAGGAAAACCCCAGUUUCACAGAGAUGGCUGGGACGUCCCAGUCAGAGGCAGGGGAAGAAUCGGCCUCCUCGCCCGGUUUCACCAGCCCUCCUUCCCCAGAAUUCACACCGCUCUCUAUGGCGUCCACGCCGGGGGAGGGGCUGCAGGCCUGGAGGAGGAAGAGAAAGCCGAACCAGGAGGGGGAAGACGAGACGGAGAAAGACGGAGAGCGUGAAGGGGAAGACAAAAGUGAUGAGGAUUACACCCCUGCCACGGCGAGGAGCGCCGCCAGAGGAACGGGCAGGAAGAGAGGCAGGCCGCCGAAGCGCAUCAGCGGUGAGCAGGCGGCGUCCAGCAGCACCUCUGAAGGGACGCCCAGGGGCCGGGGGCGAGGCAGAGGCAGGGGCCGCGGGAGGGGAAGGGGCCGAGGGAGAGGAGGAGGAGGAGGAGCAGCAGCAGAAAGUAGAGCUGAAGAUCUCUCACUGGGGGAUUCUGACACAAGUGUGAGGGAAGACGGAGACAUGUCGGCAGACUGGAGCCCAAUGCUGGAAAGUUCUCCCGCCAAGAGAGCACGACUCAGCGGCGGACGGGGGAGGGGCCGGGGCCGGGGGAGAGGGAGAGGUAGAGGGAGGGGGCGACCGCCGGCGAGCACCCUGGAUGACGAGGUGGAAGGGGAGAACGAGGAGGGAGAGGACAAGGAGGGUGAGGAGGGGGAGGAGGACGGGGAGGAGGGGAGCCAGUCUGAUAAGUCGCUGUCGUGCAGCGAGUGCAACAAACUGUUCAAGGAGUCGAGCAGCCUGCGCCGACACCUGAAAAUCCACAAGGGACUGAAGCCAUUCAAAUGCAUCUUCUGUUCCAAAUCCUUCAGACAGGGGACACAGCUGAAAACACACCUGCGCAUACACACAGGAGAGAAGCCAUUUGCCUGCGCACAUUGUGAGAAGUGUUUUGCUCAGAAGUGCCAGCUGGUGGCUCACUGCAGGAUGUACCACGGAGAGGAGAAACCGUACACCUGCGAACGCUGCGGCCUCAAGUUCGCCACUUCGUCCAACUUCAAGAUACACGUCAGACUGCACAGCGGGGAGAAACCGUACGUGUGUGACGUGUGCGGUCAGGCGUUUGCGCAGUCCAGCACGCUGACCUAUCACAAGCGACGCCACACGGGGGAGAAACCGUACCAGUGCGAUCUGUGCGGCAUGUCCUUCUCUGUGUCCUCCUCUCUCAUCACACACGCUCGCAAACACACAGGCGAGACGCCAUACAAAUGUUCUCAUUGUGAUGCAAGUUACGCUACAUCUUCUGAGCUGAAGAAGCACAUACGCAGGCUGCACCCAGAGGGGAACCCGGGCGUGCAGUGCCUGCUGUGCGGCAACAGGUUCGCCAGCGUGAAGAACAUGAUGAAACACCAGGAGAAGGCCCACGCCGACGAGCUGCGACAGCACAAGGAGAGAGCCAGGGCUGUCGUCCUCCUGGCGUCGAGCAGUCCAGCAAAUUUGCUUGUCCAGAGUAAGUUUGCUCAGGCCGGCAAAGCCCUGGUGUCUGUGUCUGAAGCGGAGCCCCACAACCCGAACCCGGCCACGCCCAGCCCCAAAAUCACAGCCCCGCCCACCGUCACCACCACCGCCGUCGCCGUCCAGGCCUUCAAGACGGAGCCCGCCGACGCCGCCAUCACCGGCCCCAGCCAGGUGACCUUUGAGCCCGACCAGGAGUCCACCAUCAACUCGGACACCCUGCACGCCCUGGUGGAGCAGCUGCGGCCGCCCUCGCCCCAGCAGAGCCUGCAGCAGAUCGUCAUCAUCAGGACGGUGGACGACGGCGAGCACAACCCGCCGCAGCAGUGAGGCCCGAGCUUCAUCCCCCGCCUCCUUCUCCGUUGUCAAAACUUCACCUUUAGUAGAACAUUCUCACUGUUUUAACACACAAGCCUCCAUCAGGAUCCAGUAAAUUCCUACGCACGCGCAGUUGGUAGGAACACACCAACACCUGUUCCGAAAAUAGGUUUUGUUUUUGGGGCUGAAAAGUUUGUUUUGAAAGCCAGAAAUCAUUGAGUCUUUGGUGCUGAUCGUUGAUUUUAUGACAAGAGUUUGAAAAUUAAAAGAGCGACUGAGAGCAGUGGUGGUCAACACUUCAUGAAUUUUCCAGAAGAUUUCACGUAAUUGCUUUUACUCUCUGUUGCAUGGGUGAGGAGAAGGAAUGGCUCCCUCUGAUUGAUUUGAAAGGAUCAUAAGAAUUCACACAUCCUUCAGCGGGUGUAGAUCUGAGGCAGAAACCGAGCACACUGAAAACGUUUCCAUCCCAGCUUGUGGUCAGUGUCGCGUUUUCACAACCUUUCACACUCGUGUUCUGUCCGAUCACACCUGAUCCGUCACGGCAGCGGCCCGACUGAUAAUCUGUCAGAGUCAGAUGGAUCAGGUGAGAUCACACACACAACACGACUGUAACAGGCUGCCAUCCUUCCAUAUUAUUCAAGGCAGAAUUGACAGCGUUGGCUUGUCCAGUUCCAUAUGAGUCCACCUGGUGGUGAAAUGUGCUUAUUAGUUGCUCCUUGGGCUGCUAAUCCACAGUAAUGUAUUUAUAUCUCACCCACAUUCACUUGGGCAGCAAAACAGCUCCCAAAAAUACCACUUUUACCACAUAAACAUGCAAAUAAAGCAGAUUAUUUCAGUAUAAAAAAACAUGUCCCGGUACCCAUUUUGUGAGUCUCUUUUUUGUGGUUUUGCUAUUUGAACUGGAAAGUAGAUCUGGCAGGAUGUGUCUGCAGGAAACGGCCGUGUAGUAACCUUACGCUCGGAAGAAAUGACCCUAAUAGUUCUUUGACAAAUAAUUGUAAUUACACAAAAAUGGGUACUGGGACUUGUUGUUUUUUGUAUUGUCAUAAACUGCUUUGUUUUUGUUUGUUAAUGUGCUGAAAGUGUUAUUUUGGAAGCUGUUUUUUCUACGGAGGUGAAUGGAGAGAUUGAAAUCCAGUGUUGUGGAGCGACUCAUGCGGAUUUUUCAGCACCUUGUGGACAACGCAACACCGUUAAUCUAAUCUGACAAAUGUCCCGAGCCGAUCUGAAGCUUUUCCUGCAGGGUCUUCCAUCGGCUGAGUUACACAAAGUUCAUCAGCGGCUGUGUGUUUUUUAUUAACCGAAACACUGAACCACUACCUGCUUACACUCCAUGUAACGGCUCUAUAGCUAAAAUGCAAAAAUAUGUGUAACAUCAUUCAAGUCAACCAGAGACUUAAUCUGAGCUCGCUCACUCGCUCCAGUUCAGGAAAUGAACUUUAUUUUUCAUCCACGGCCCACAGUGGCUGGUGCUUUCCUGAGGUUACCAUUAAGAUUUUUUUUUUUUUUUUUUUUUUUUUUUUUUUUUUUUUUUUACCAGUUUAAUAUUUUUACAAAAGAGAAGGAAAUCUGAGUCUUAGCUGGUUUUCCGCCAAAGUGCCGGUUGUCAUUUCACUCUGCUGUCUCUUCUGUCUCUGCCUGCUGCCGCUCUGGUGACACUGAACCGUUAAAUAAAUACAAAAAGUAGCAACAAACAAACCCCUGCAUUAUAUAUUUUUUUUUAUUUAUUAUUCAAAUGUGAACUGCAAAGACUGGGAGAGAUGGCCCUGGGUGAAAUAUCCUUCCUCAGUUACCCCGAAUGAUUUUGUCUGGUAUUGUUUUAGUAAGAGGUGAUGCAUCAGGUUUGUUUGUUUUUUGUUGUUUUUUUUUUUUUAUAAUGUUUUUGUUUGAUCCAUGUUUGACCUGUGACGGUGGUUUUAUUAACAACUAAUCAAUAGCCAUGUUCACGCUUUCCAGGCUUUUUGUUUCUGUAAAUGAUGUGUAUUUUUAAAAGGUCUCUUAUCGGAAUGACUUCUGCUAAAAUUAAAAAAAAAAAAAAAAAAAAAAAAAAAAGUGCAUAAAGUUGUUAAUGCUGUCAUGCUUUCAACUUGAAAGUAGCUGUCAGUAGCUCCCUUCCCUUUUAUAUUUUAGACAAGUAGCUGCAUCACUUGUACUAGAAAUAAAAC